UUAUUUAUUGUUUAUUUUUGUAUUAUAAAUAAUUCUUAAACACGUUUGGUGUAUAUUAGUUUAUUUAAAGAAUAAUGCCGUAUUUUUUAUUGUAUAUUAAUGAUUAGUUAAUGGAUUAUUGAUCGGUAAUAAAAUAUAUAUUGAGCAACAUUCCAUUAGUAAUUUAAUAAAGAUAAGCUAUUAAAUAAGAAUCAUGACCAAACUAUUGGAAUGGAUAUCAGGUAUAUCUGCUGUAUUUGCAGUAUGGUACUCAUUGAUAGCUGGAUAUGUGAAGCAUCCACUAAUAGAAAGUAAUAUGAAGUUAAUAUUAUAUUCGCCUUUGAUAUUCAUUUUGUUGUUUGCCAUAUAUGCACCUACAGUUAUACUGUACCGUGUAUUUACAUUCAAUAAUUGUGAGCGGGCAGCUAAAGAGCUUCAACAGGAAAUUCGCCUAGCCGAAAAGGAUUUGCAUGGCAAGGGACUUAGGUGGUGA